AUGGGAGAUGAAAUCAAGAACUUACUGAAGGUAUGGAUUCUAGCCAUUACAUGUUUGAGCUAUUGUUAUCACCUAACUUCAAGAAUCCCGAAGGGUCUCUUAAGGCUCAUCUCCCUCCUCCCAAUCUUUUACCUUUUCAUCGCUCUCCCUUUAAGCCUCUCCUCUUUGCUUCUCACUGGCGUCACCUCUUUCUUUCUCACAUGGCUUGCCAACUUCAAACUCCUACUCUUUGCCUUUGGUCAAGGCCCCUUAUCUCAACCCAAUAAACUCUUCCAUUUCGUCUUGGUAGCUUCUCUUCCCAUCAAAAUAAAACCAAACCCACCUCCCAAAUCCAAAAAUGACAGGAACCCAUCUUCCCAAAUCUCCAAUCCAAUCCAAAAAUCACAUCAAGUUUCUAACUCUAUCAAACUAGUCAUCAAAAUUAUACUUCGAGUUAUGUUAUUUCUAGUAUAUGACUAUAGGCAACAUAUACAUCACUAUGCAAUCUUAGUCCUUCAUUGUUGCCGAGUGUAUCUUUCACUUGAAAUUAUCCUAACCAUGAGUGCUACCCUAGCUUUUAUUUUUGGCUUUGAGCUCGAGCCUCAAUUCGACAAGCCCCAUCUAGCCACCUCACUACAAAACUUUUGGGGCCGUAGAUGGAACCUUAUGGUCACAGAUAUUCUACGCUCUACGGUGUAUAAUCCAGUACGACGUAUAUUUAGUCGUAUAAUCAAACAAAAGUGGACUCAAUAUCCAGGUGUCAUUAUCACGUUUGUUGUCUCAGGUUUUAUGCAUGAAUUGAUUUUUUAUCAUCUCUUACGUGUGCUUCCCACGUGGGAAGUGACCUGGUUUUUUGUGCUACAAGGGGUAAGUGUAGCUGUUGAGAUUUUCAUUAAGAAGAACUUAGCCAUUCGGUGGCAGUUGCCCCCAAUGGUUUCGAGGCCGUUGGUGGUGGUGUUCGUGGUGGUGACUGCUACUUGGUUGUUUUUCCCUCCUUUAUUAAGAAACAAUUUAUUUUGAUAAAUGUUUUAAGGAGUCCUCAAUUAUUUUAAAUUAUAUAAGUGUUAAGAAUGUAAUAAUUAAGUUAGAAUAAGUUAACUACCUCUAGGUAUCUUGAAGAUUUGUUUGGGACUCUUGGUGUAUUACUUAAGAGGUCUUGAGUUCGAAUUCACAUGACUAUUUAUAAGAGUAGCCAUUGGAAACUUA